GUUUACCGGCUCGGGUGCAAAGUUUCAACCGUCUGCAAACCAGAGCUCGUCGGCAAAGGUUUCUGGAAUAAGCUGGUGCCGGCCAUGGUCUACAUUUAAGGGAAGUGGAGUCGGUCUAUGUCGUAUCUCGGAUUAAUGUCGUUUAUGGUUAAGUUAUAUAAAACAGCCGAGUGAUGCUGCUCCCGCUGGGUAACAGUACUAUAGGACGACGCUGUUAGCAUCGCCUCGUAUUGUCUCAGGUAGCCAGCUAGCUCAUUUCGUUAGCUCGGGACGGUGUACACGAACAGCUAGCUAGCUAACCGAUAUACUAGUAAAGCUUGGUGGAAGACAGACAUAAUAAAACAUUAACUUUGUUAACUACCUAAGCCCGAAACUUGAGUCGACAAAGCCGUGUAAAGGGAAAAUGGCUUGUGAGCCUAACCGCGUCCGGCUACUAUGCAUGCUUUCAUUGACUUUUGGGUUUUUCAUUGUGGAAGUGGUGGUCAGUCGGAUCACCGCAUCUCUUGCGAUGCUGUCGGACUCUUUCCAUAUGCUAUCGGAUGUCAUCGCGCUGCUGGUGGCUCUGGUCGCCGUGCGCUUCGCCGAGAAAACCCAGGCGACAAACAAAAAUACCUUCGGCUGGAUCCGGGCGGAGGUGAUGGGAGCGCUGGUCAACGCCGUGUUUCUCACGGCUCUGUGCUUCACCAUCAUCCUGGAGGCUAUCGAGCGUUUCACCUCGCCGCAUGUGAUCGAGAGCCCGCAGAUCGUGAUCGGGGUCGGCGCCGCGGGGCUCCUGGUCAACCUGCUCGGGCUGUGCCUCUUCCAUGGGCACACGGACAGCGGGCACGGCCACUCCCACGGUGGUCACUCCCAUGGCAGUAAGCACAAGAAGAGGGGCAAAGCAGGGAGGUCCAGAAAGGGCUCGUCAGGAGACGAUAUCGACAGCAUGGUGGGGAAUCACAACAGCCCCAAUGGUGUCAAUACCGACAGACGACAUGGUAAGCAUGAGAUCACAGAUAAAGACAGCACAGAGGUGCAGAUGAAUGGCAGCACCCAUUACGAGGAGAUGGACCAUGAUGCUAGCUCGGCCUCGCAGCUCAACAUGCGUGGGGUCUUCCUGCACGUGCUGGGGGAUGCCCUGGGCUCUGUCAUCGUGGUGAUCAACGCCCUCAUAUUCACUUUCGUGUGGCAGCCCUGCAACCCCAAUGAGCCCUGCGUCAACCUGUGUGUGGACAAACACAGCACAGACCACCAGCAUGUCAACGACACUCUGGUGGACCUACUAGAGGGCCCCACUGUCCCAGGGGGUGUGGUGCCGAAGAUGGCCGGUCCUUGUUGGGUGCUCUACCUGGACCCCACGCUGUGUAUCAUCAUGGUGUGCAUCCUGCUGUACACCACCUACCCGCUGCUCAAGGAGUCGGCUCUCAUCCUGCUGCAGACGGUGCCCAAGCAGAUCGACAUGCACCAGCUCAGUGAGCGGCUGCUGAGCCUGGAGGGCGUUCUCGCCAUCCACGAGCUGCACAUCUGGCAGCUGGCCGGCAGCCGCAUCAUAGCCACGGCACACAUCAAGUGCUACGACCCCACGUCCUACAUGGAGGUGGCCAAGCGUAUCAAAGACUUCUUCCAUGACGAGGGCAUCCACGCCACCACCAUCCAGCCCGAGUUCGUUACCUUCAACUCCGAGUCACGGGACUCUCUCUGCGAGCUCUCCUGUCGGACUCAGUGUGCCCCCAAACUGUGCUGUGGCACUGGCGACAAACCAGGCAUGGGCUCUGACAAGAAGGCCAGCAGCUCUGACUGCAAGGCAGCAGCCACCUCAGACCUGGAGGCAAUCAGCGAGACCGCAGAAGAGGCUGCGGCCGUCCAGCUGCUGCCCCGGUCGGAGGCUGAUGUUAUCAUCACCCGAGAGGUGGAGUCAUCUCUGUAAAAUGGAGGGAGAUACAGAGUAGGGGUUGGAAAAUCUACCAAGUUGAGCCAAAAUUUCCAGACUUGCAUUUGCAGGACAUCUUUGUCAUUGCCGCCCAAAUCCUGUCCUCUAACCCAAUGUGUUUCAGUUUUCUCUCCCCACCUCUUCUUCCCAUCUCUCUACUUCUUGACCCCCCCAGCCCCCAGCCUCUCAUAUUCCCGGCCCUUCUCUCGUCGCCUGUUGCCCUGGCAGUAUGGUGGUGAUGCAUGUUGGGGUUCACUGCCCUAUGUCCUCCAAGACUGGAGUGAGGCCUGCAUGACUGUCCCUAAUUAGCACCGUGUUGUGAUGUGUCAUCUCGUCCCAUGGUGUUUCUGUGCCAAAGCUAUUCACUGCAGGACUGAAGGGAUCGGAGAGGCGUCCUCUCCUCCACAAGGACGCAGCACAUGCAAGUUCGAGCACACAUCCCUAGGCUGUUUUCUUUAGUCAAUGGACCUAUCGUCAAAGAGUACAUUUUGUUUCUGCAUAGGUUUUGAACAGAUCUAUUUUCUUAGCCUCUGACCCCAAAUGGAAGAGUAUUGUAUUGCAUAAUAAUUUAUGUAUUUAAGUUAUUAGAAAUGAUCUAUUUCUCUCUGUAGAUGCUAUUUGUAAUAUUUAGUUUGGAUGAUAGAGCAAAUUUUUUGCAAUAUUCUGUCUUGAAUUUUUUGACAGACCAUCUAUGCUGUAGUGAAAGUUUUUCAAAUGUGAUGUUUUAUAAUGAUUUUUUUCUCAGACUUUUUCUGGCCUUGACUCAGUUUUAAUUGCAGUCGUUAGUCAGAUCCAGAAGCCGUAUCAACACCUCUCUCUCUCUCACCUUGCCUUUUAAAAAAAACUGCUUUGACAUAGCACUGAGUAUAGUAGACACAAUGUAACUGAUCCUCUUGCAAAGAUGAGUGAAAUAAAUGUUUGUUCAAGAUUUGAUGCCUUGUGAGCUGGAGGUUCGGGUCUGUCGCUGAGAAACGAGCACUGUACACCGCUGGUGAAACACUAUUCUCCUUGUGAGUCAAUGCUGGAGGGAAUUCUGAUGGCUAUUGAUUUUCAUUUUCAAGUCCUCAUGAAUGUGUAAUGGGAAGGGACCUUUUCACAAUCCAUGCUGAGGGAUUUUCACAUUUCCAGAGACUUUCGACUGCAAUGUUUGCAUGACCAAACUGAAAAACCUGGUGUUUGAAUCUUCUGAGCCUCACUCAGAGCUCUAGUUGCUGCUUACCAGUACAUGCUGGUAUACUACAACAAUAUGAAGAAACUAUUUAGGGAAUGACAUGUCACAUAGCUUUUCUGUCUUUGUUUUGGACAGCUAGGCGGGCUGUUUGAUGAAUCCAUACGGUGGCCUUUGAAAUCGUAGGAAAAUUUAUAAUUCCCUUGUCGUCACCACCGAUAUCAUGUAGACGGUGAUUCAUAGAUGCAUUUUCAGAUUUCCACUCCAAGUAAAUGUGUAUGCAAUAUAGGAGUAUGUACUGGGAAAUGUAUUUUGAUGCGUUCCUUCAUUUGUAAUGUUUGGUUACUUUUAUUCUGUGUCUUCUGAGACUUGAGCUCUAUGUGCAAAUUGGAGAAAAAAAAGUGUUUUUUGGAAUUUUAGAUAUGACAUGUCAGCUGAUGUGUUUUUGAUAUACAUACAAUACCUGUUCAAUGUGUCAUUGUGAAAUAAAAAAAAAAAAAAAUAGCUGUUUGGUACAGCUGAUGAAC